UUUUCUCUGGACUGAAUUUUAUUAUAACCAUUGUAUAAAAUUAUUGGACGAAAAUUGUAAAUGCCGUUUGAGAAGGGAUUGGCCGAGAAAUGCCUGCAGAUGACGUGCCCGUCGAUAAACCUGGAAGUGGGGCCAAUAUAGACUGUUUUUGUGAUUACCCUGCAGUGGCUACUCGGCCGAUCACACGGCAGAGAGGAACAGAGGGUCCAUCCGGACUACGAGAUGUACAUAAUCAGGCAGUGCGUCGAGGACGACAUACCGUUUGUACACGCACUCCUCAGCACGGUGAUUUUCAAAGAGGAACCGCUGAUUUCCAUCAACGGGCCUCAUACGAUUCCGACCGUGGACGAGAGCCAGUCAGCUGCCAUCAUUCCUCAAGGGCAUUCUUUCCUUGCGGAAACCUUCGACGGUCGGAUCAUCGGCGUCUGCCUCAACGACGAACCUCCUCAAAUAUUCCCAAACAUUUACACCAAUACGAAAGAAGAUGUGAAGUUCCAGAUGUUUUUUAAGUACAUGGAGGACACGUCGAAGAUCAACGAACUAGCCCCGAACGCCCUCGAGAUACGGUUGAUGGCGGUUUGCAACGACUGGAGGAAGCGAGGGGUGGCCAGCUCGCUACUGAAGGCGUCGGAAGAAGCGGGUCGCAACGCUGGCUUCUCAUUCGUUAAGGUCUACUGCACAAGCAACUAUUCGUCUCAGUUGUUCGAGAAGCUCGGCUGGCGGAAAGUAUUUUCACUUUCCUACAAGGAAUACGACUAUUAUGGUAUAACUGGGCUGAAAGUGCCUUGCGAGCCACACACGGACUGCGACCUGUUCAUGAAAAAACUUUUUUAAUCUUAUUUUAUAUUUACAAAAUUCUCUAUUUUUUAUUUAUAUAUUGUGAUGCGA